GCAUGUGACCUCCCUGGGGAGCACACUGGGGGCCUGCCACCCACAGUCAACGUGACAAACAGUGACCCUGGAUGUCGAGCCCUUGUAGACCUGCUGCUUGAUGGUGCGCUGUGAGGUGCUUCGCUCUCCAACCUUGAGCAGCUGUGGCCAUGGAGUCCGUGGAGACCCCUGUCAAGGACGGCAUCCUUUACCAGCAGCACAUGAAGUUUGGCAAGAAAUACUGGCGGAAAGUGUGGGCUCUGCUGUAUGCUGGAGGCCCAUCAGGUGUGGCUCGGCUGGAAAGCUGGGAUGUUCGUGAUGGUGGCCUGGGGCCAGCAGGUGACAGAUCUGUAGGGCCCGGCCGUCGAGGCGAGCGUCGGGUCAUACGUUUGGCUGACUGUGUGUCUGUUCUGCCGGCCGACGGUGAGAACUGUCCCAGGGACACCGGGGCCUUCCUGAUUACUACCACUGAACGAAGCCACCUGCUGGCUGCACAGCACCGCCAGUUGUGGAUGGGCCCCAUUUGCCAGCUGGCUUUCCCGGGCACCGGAGAAUGUUCUGGAUCUGGUCAGGCUGAGACUCCAAAAAGAGGCUUUGUUCCCAUGGAGGAAAACUCUAUCUACUCCUCCUGGCAAGAAGUGGCCGAAUUUCCAGUGGUCGUCCAGAGGACGGAGGCCACCACCCGCUGCCAGCUGAAAGGCCCCUACCUCCUGGUGCUGGGCCAAGAUGACAUUCAGCUUCGGGAGGCUUCUAAUCCCCAGGCCUGCUACAGCUGGCCCUACCGUUUCCUGCGCAAGUUCGGCUCCGACAAGGGCGUGUUCUCUUUUGAGGCCGGUCGCCGCUGUGACUCGGGUGAGGGUCUUUUUGCCUUCAGUAGUCCUUGUGCCCCAGACAUAUGUGGAGCUGUGGCUGCUGCCAUUGCCCGCCAGCGGGAACGUCUUCCAGAGGCAGCCACGUCCCCGCCCUGCCCCCUGCCUCGGGCCCUCUCCCUGCCCUCCCUAGAGCCCCCUGGAGAGCUUCGGGAAGUGGCCCCAGGGUUUGAGCUGGCCACUUCCAGAAAGCUGCCUAUGGUUGAUCAUGGGCCUCAAAGCCUGCCGCUGCUGCUCAGUCCUACACAAGAAGAAACAGUAUCUGGUCUCUAUGCGUCUGUGUGCAAGCAGACCAGCAAGCCCACAGCCACUGGAGAGCACCUCUAUGAGAACCUGUGUAUGCUGGAGGCCAGUCCUGGGCUGUCCAAUGGGGGCCCUAAGUCCCAAGAGGGCCCUCCGGGCCACAGUCCCCUAUCCAGCCCCAUCUAUCACAACAGUGAGGACCUGAGUUGGCCUGGCUCGGCCCAGGAUAGCAGCUUGGAAGCCCAGUACCGGAGGCUGCUAGAGCUGGAACUAGAUGAGGCUGGAGGAACUGGCCGCUCCGGUGCACAGGCAGGCAUCAAGGCCAAGCUGGUGACCCUGCUGACCCGUGAACGGAAGAAGGGCCUUGCUCCCUGUGACCGGCCCUGAAGGCCUGUGCAGUGACCGCAAGACAGAGGAACCUGAGAGCGCAACUUCAAACAUAGCCUCUGUCUGCUCUGGACCUGCAGGGACAAGCCAGGCAGCAGGGAGGAGCCACCUGCUGCCCCACCCACUCCCAGUGGACAGUGUACAGAUUGAUGAAUAAUAAAGCUUGCCUACCAACUUC